GGCGUUGCAGAGGAGGCGGCACGGGCGCAGCAGAGCCGGGGCUGAGGGGCACAGCGAGGCUCGGCCGGCGGAGCGGCGGCAUGCGGCGGUGUCGGGGCGCGGGGCUGGCGGCGCUGGCCGUGCUGCUGCUCGUGCCUUCAGGCAGAGCCCAGGUACAGCAGGAGCCACUCCUAGAGACCACUGAGGACAUCGGCAUCAACAUCAGCUGCUCACAUCCCAAAAUCCAGACCAACGAUUGGAUCCAGUGGUACCGUCAUCUGCCGGGCCGAGCACCCGAAUUCCUCGCCCUCACUGCUAGAAGCUCCAAGGAUGUGCCGGCCAUUGCGGGCCAGCUGCGGGUGUCGGCAGACCGGCGUUCGAGUGCGCUGUGGCUCGGGCGGCCCCGGCGCGGGGACGCGGCCGUGUAUUACUGCGCGCUGGGGGCCACGGGCAGAGGAGCCGGGGCUGCGGCCGGGCACGAACCGCCGCGGGCGGGGCCGGCCGGGGCCAGCAGGGGGCGCUGCCGCUCGGCCCGCCGGGCCCCGCUUUGCCCCGCAGCUCCUUCCUCUGCCCCGAGCCCGCACGCACCGACCCCGCACAGCCCCGCACGGCCCCGCACACGCCUCACAACCCGCCUGCAGCCUGCGCUCGCACACUCGCCACACACAGCCCGGCCUCCCCUCGCUCCCGAGCCCGCCGCCGCCUCACACCAAACUGCUGCCGCCUGCGCCUCUGCCAGCGCCUCUCGCCCUCCGGCCACGCCUGCUGCUGCUCUCAGCCUGCUUUGCAAAGCAAAGACAUGCUCCUGGAGAGCACCUGGCCUGGGAACUGAGCAAGCAGCUGCACCCACAGGCGCACAGGGGCUAAUUCAUGGAGUGCUGUCACCUCAGUAG